ACACAUACCAUCGCCUGACUUGUCCGCUACAGUAUUGGAUUAUGUAUUAUGGAUUAUGUACCAGAAGUACAAUACCAGAAGUACAAUAAUUUCAACUUGUGUAGUACGAUAAUAUGGCCAAAACAAUCUGGCAACGCUGGUGCCCACCAGUCCAGCAGGCCCUCUUCCUCCGUAGUUCGCGCUUGACGUUAGAACCCGACCGCCCGCCAAACCUUGAGUUGGUCCUGCAGCAUCUCCACUCCCUGUUCUGAAAGAGGUGACGACGGAUACUCCCUGACGCUUCUCUUCAUAAACACUAAGGUCGUCUCGCCUCUCAUCAUGGUGACUUCACGUGGCUGCAUGCAACUGGCCCACGCCCUCGUCCUUGUCCUGGCUAUGCUUUCCCCAGCAGAAGGAGGGUGUCGACGAAGCAGCGAGAUCGAAUGUCGGAGUGGCGGGCAGUGUAUUUCAAGAGACAAUAUUUGUAACAAUGGACGAGAUUGUUCGGACGGUUCGGACGAGGACAUCAGACUGUGUAAGCUAUGGCCGCCGAGGAGUGACCACUGCCGUCAUUAUCCUGCCAGUCCCUUCUAUUAUGCUGGAGGGUGUCGGACAGCAUAUUACUUGUGUCAGAACAGCGGACGAAGCAGUGACAUAGACUCGAGAAUUUGUAAGAUCAUUCUUCAAGCAAAACUGGAUAUGAAGGAGCAGGAUGGUAUGAACAUGAGCAGUGAGGUGAUCUCCUUGCUGAACUCAGCUGUUAACUCCACCUUGAAUCACAGGAUGCCAGACUGUCCCAUGCUGUAUAUCCGCGUCGGAAAUGAUUGUCUCUCUUUCUUCUCACCAGCCAAGGUGUCGUGGGCAGAGGCUCGACAGUUUUGUCUUAGCAUCUACGGUGACCUGUGGCAUGCAAAGGAUUUUGAAAGUUAUGGCCGCUUAAUGGAGUACAUGAGAGAAGCACAACUGACCUCCAAUUACUGGAUUGGUGGACGCUACGAUAUUGAUACGAAUGCAUGGUCAUGGACGACAGACGACUCUGCCAUGCCCCUUGGCGCUCCAUUCUGGUCGAUAAAGUAUGAGAGUUCCUGCGUGCCAAGGGGGCCUCCACACACCGACCCAUACUCCGCUCCGCCCGCAGCUCUACCUGAGGCCCGCUGUUAUCAAGCCGUCUUAUCUCCAAAACAAAGAUCUCCGGGCUGGUGUUCUGCAAUGACAUACGAACACUUUUAUUACUGGUCUGACGAGAUGUGUGAUGAAGCCUUCAGCCCCCUGUGCAUCUUCACUGGACCUACCGCCGCCCCCAGUGAGACUGAAGCCAAUUAGGGAGAGACCAAUUCCGUCUUAACGAUGGCAUUAUUAAUUAUGAAUUAUAAAUUUAGUUAAUUUUAACUGCAUUUUUUUUUUCGGAAGGGAGAACUAUUAUUAUCUAACAUUUCACUACAUUUGAUGAUAUACAAACAAUUAAUAAGGUGGCAUAUCUUGGUGGCUGUGUGCAGUCCGCAAUCUUUUACUGAGAUCUUCAUGAUGCUAGACUUUUCGCAGCUUCUGACAUCUUCCUGUGAUAUAUUGCAGUGCAUGUGACAAUAUUAUUUGCAGAAGCAUAAAUCCUUCCCCUCCAUACCAGGUGAGAUGUGCUUUUUCCUGGAGCAGGAGGUAUUUCAUUGUAUGGCUGCUUUUUCCCUUAGCUUUCUCCAGUAUAAAUAGAUAGAAUGCACUUUAAGUUUUAGAUUUUGGCUUACAUUUUAUAUCUUAAUGGCUCCUUUUACAUGCUAUCAUGUUCAGUUUGCACGUACAGAAAGUUACACUAAGUCUUAUUACAUUGUCUUGUAAAUUUUGCUCAGCAUCGUGCAUUAUAAUCAUCAUUAUUAUACUUUGUACGCUUUGUAAUCAAUAAAAUAUCAAUCAUUGAAUUAG